CACGGCCCUACCCUUUGACCUCGCGUUGCACAAUGCCAGAGCAAAGCCCUGGGGGUGUGAACGCAGGCGUUCCUACCCCUGGGCGGGGACGGGAGGCUGUAGUGCGGGGAGCCGAGGCGGAGAGCGCGCAGCCGGCCCGGUCCCUCAGCUCCAGCCCCGCGAGUUCCCCGAGAGCUGCAAGCCGCCGCAAGCCCCUGAGCCGUUGGGCCCCGCCGCCAGGCCCGCCCGCUGCUGCCGCCGCAGCUAUGGCGGAAGUUCAUAGACGUCAGCAUGCCCGGGUUAAAGGAGAAACCCCCGCGAAACCCUCCACACACAGACAUGAGGAGAAGCUGGGGAUGGCGUCGGCCGAAACGCUGACCGUGUUCCUGAAGCUGCUGGCCGCUGGCUUUUAUGGCGUGAGCUCCUUCCUCAUCGUGGUGGUCAACAAGAGCGUGCUCACCAAUUACAGAUUUCCCUCCUCACUAUGUGUUGGACUUGGCCAGAUGGUGGCUACAGUGGCAGUUCUCUGGGUGGGAAAGGCUCUCAGAGUAGUCAAGUUUCCUGACCUUGACAGUAAUGUACCUCGAAAGACGUUUCCACUACCUCUACUAUAUUUUGGGAACCAAAUCACGGGACUGUUCAGCACAAAGAAACUGAACUUGCCAAUGUUUACAGUUCUGAGAAGGUUCUCGAUCUUGUUUACAAUGUUUGCUGAAGGAUUUUUACUCAAGAAGACUUUUUCUUGGAGUAUUAAGAUGACUGUAUUUGCAAUGAUUAUUGGAGCCUUUGUAGCUGCCAGCUCUGACUUAGCAUUUGAUCUGGAAGGAUAUGUUUUUAUUUUGAUAAACGAUGUCCUGACAGCAGCAAAUGGUGCAUACGUAAAACAAAAAUUAGAUUCAAAGGAGCUGGGAAAAUAUGGUCUUCUCUAUUACAAUGCACUAUUCAUGAUUCUGCCCACACUGGCCAUUGCGUAUUUUACAGGAGAUGCACAAAAGGCAAUGGAUUUUGAAGGCUGGGCCGAUACACUCUUUCUUCUGCAGUUUACCCUCUCUUGUGUGAUGGGGUUUAUCUUGAUGUACGCCACAGUACUUUGCACUCAGUAUAAUUCUGCCCUUACUACUACAAUAGUUGGCUGUAUUAAGAAUAUACUAAUAACUUAUAUUGGAAUGGUCUUUGGUGGAGAUUAUAUUUUCACAUGGACAAACUUCAUUGGCUUAAAUAUCAGCAUUGCUGGGAGCCUGGUAUACUCCUAUAUCACUUUCUCUGAAGAGCAACUGAGCAAACAGUCAGAGGCCAGUAACAAGCUGGACAUUAAGGGGAAAGGAGCAGUGUGACCAGAGGAUUGCUUCAGCGGCGUAGGCCCCAGAGUGUGAUCAGCUUGGAACACUGGCAGUUCUUACACGGAUACUGCGGUGUCUUGAUUGUGGAGAAAAUACCAUUCCUUUGCACUUACACAAUCCGAGGAUUGAUUGCUGCCUUUUAAAAUUUUAUGAGAGAAACUUAUAAUUGACUCUGUUUUAAAUAUGCUGUUUGAAUUAAGUUAUAUCAGACUGGAAAAUGCACCGGGCUUUUAAUUUAUUUUUCUUCUGUGCCGACAGUGAAACAUCAGUGUUUUGAAACUAUUUUAUUCCACAGUUUGAUAUCCAGCUGUCCCUGAGAGCUGCAUCUAUAAAGUGCUCCAAGUGGAGCUCUGUCAUCCAAAUUAUUGCUGCGUCGGGAGGCAGUUUUAGCCUUCCUUCUGCUGGCAAGGCAGCGGAGUAUCUGAAAUUUCUCCUUUAAAUUGUAAUUCUUAAUGAUUGAAUUUUUUUCAUAAGGAUAUCAUCACUGCAUUUGCCAGAGACAACCUAAGGCACUAAAAAAAAAUAUGAGAAUGUUCUGCUUGUCAUGUUGGCUUUCGUGAGAAUUCAUGGGACAAAGAGAGUGCAUUGCUUGAAAUAAUGCUCUUCCCUUGGUUGUGUAGGAUGGGGAUAAUGACGUGAUGGAGCAAGUAGGCCUUUUACUCAUUUAUUUAUCUUUCUGAUUCGCUCAUUCAACUAAAAUGUAUUCACUAUGUAACAUGCACCAGGCAUUGUACUAAGUGCUGGGAGUACAGAGAUAUUUUUUGGAAGUACAAUAGUUGAAUGAUCUCACUCCUGUUGAAGUGAGUGAUGGUAAAAGAGAGAACCUAGCUCUGUUGAUCCAUUCAGAAGAUGUGACUGUGAACAAGACACACACACACAGAACUUUCUUCACUUCUCAGAAACUGCAGUUCUGUAAGUGGAGUUAGAAGCGCCUGCUCCUUCUCGCCUACAGUGGCGUGAAACUAAAUGCUAUUAUGUGAGAUCUAAUGCAUGUGAAGAGCUGCCUUUUGUGAAUCACGUGGCUUAGAGAGUGGCUGGCAGGCAAGGUAACCACCAUACAUUUACCUGUGCUUCCCUUUCCUGGCUUUAGUUGCUACUUUUUUUACCCAUCUUUGAGGCAGUAUUACUGAGUCUUACAUUUCUGAACGUACUGGCUUGAGGGGAAAGGCCUGUUAGAUGUUUCUGGAUUACCCCGGUUUGGACUUUGGCGUGUCAGUGUUAGAGCCACCACCUUCCUUUCUCCUUACACGGCAUGGGCACACCUCUCUCCUCUGGCUGCCACCACCUACACUGUGUCCUUUGGCUCCCUUAAUGAGGACGCCAGCAUCCCUGAAGACCAGGGCUGCAUCCGGGGAGAGCAGCUGUGGAUGGGCAUGGCCUGCAUCGCCUCUCCAGAUGGAGCACAGUGUACCCGUGCGCUGGCCCAGACGCGUACGUGGACUCUGUGAUGAGUGUUUGCUCCGGCCGGCUCUGCAGUGACCGUGCAAGAGCCUGAGCACCUUUGCAUCAGGCACCUGCUCAUUCAUUGGGUUUGGAGCCCACUGGGCUCCUCUGACCUAAACAAUACGUAUUUUGGUGCCUCGACAGGGGACUUGGAAGGUUUUGAUUUGUUUGUAUUUUUUGGAGAAAUAUGUGGAGGUCAUUUUCAUAUUUAUGCUUUUCCUUUAUUUUGUUUGGCCUUUAUUAAAGCCUGGCCAGUGGUGCUGGGUCCCUAGAGUUGGCCUCAUCGCCAGCUUUCAAGUUACAAGCUCCAUGUCUGAGGUCCUAAGGCUCACUGUUUCCCAGUAUCAGCCAGUCUGAGCAACUCGCCCUGGGAGAAUAGGACACUAUCUUGUGAAGGAUGGUUCUUAUUAUCCUUGUUUCACCAAUGAGAAAACAAGACUCAAAGAAAGUAGGUGAUUUGCUAAUAAGUCAAAAUUUAUGUUUUUUUCCAUUGAACUAUGCUGCCACUAAUUAACUGCCCUUGUCUUCAGGUGUAAGGGACCAGGGAUGCCAGCGGGAUAAGCUUGAGUUCUUUCAAGGAGGCAAGUGGUUGGUUGAGUUUGGAGUCAGAGAGGAAUAGGCUUUGCCAAUCGGGGAGCUCUGUGUGGUGGAUCACUACCUCCUGGGAGAGAAGAGGCAGUAUGGAGUUAAGUCCUUAAUUUGCCCUAUACGACAGAUGAGUUGGGGUGAGAAUUCUGAAAGCCGAAUUGUUGGCUUUCUCUGUUGGCUCCUCUGUUUUGAGUUAAUGACAUUGAAGUCCUCUUUGGCCAGUUUGCUUUUAGUGCCAGAUUGAUUUGAAUAAUCCUGGUUGGUGAGGCUACAUGUUGUCCACGUGUCAGGUGAUUUUUAAUUACCUCAUAUGGCAUUGACUUUAUGAGUCAGUCAUUAAUAGGGUCCAGCUUGCAUGUAGAUUGUAUCAGGAAUCCAUGGAAAAUUCGGCUCAGUAAAGCUGAUAUAAGAUCUUCAUGGAAAGAAGGAUAGAGUUUCACCUUUGCAUGGUUUGGAACAGUACCUAGGAAUUUAGGGCCACCUUUGCUUUUGUUACCAUGACCUCAUUCAGUGAGCAGAGAUUUACUGAGCAUCUAUUUCAUGCCAGACAUUUUGCUAAACAUUUUGUUUUGGGUGGCAAAGUUAUGCUCAGAGACUGAGAUUGUUUUGCCAGUAUUUUAUUUAAUACGUGUUCACUGUGGGAAUUAUAAUUUCUUAAGCCAGUAACAAAAUAACAUACUCCAAAGCCAUGAUAGAUUAAUUACACUAUUGCUCCAGGGAAGGGAAGAUGAAAGAAAUAAAGUCCAAAUUUAGUCGAGGUGUACCUUUUAUACAAUAUUGGUUCUCGGGAGAGACAGCUUAAGCAACAGAGACCUGUCUUCAGUGGCCAGCACAAAAAGGAAAAAAAAACCCUUGUUGCUGGAGCAGAUCCCUACGGAAUGAUGGCACUAGUGUUGGUGGACAGGAUGUCCUUCUUGGAGGGGCUGCGGCAGGCUUUUGUCACUGCUGGUAAGAGUUGUCAUUGUCUUGGCAGACUAGUGCCAAAGGUCUUCAGAGAGCUAUUUAGAUCACCAAGGGCCACCUUGCCCAGACAGAACUCUCGAAUAGGCCUUGUAAACUCUCUUCACAGAAUUUUAGGCCACUUGCAGUUUAAUGUCCCCUUGCCAGAGUUGCUUCCUCAUUGAAUGUUUUUGGUUGAUAAGCCCCCAAGAUCACCCCUCAGCUGCUGAGAUGAUGUCAUCAAGACAUCUUUUGUCACUUUUAUAUCAAAACAGCUUUACUCUUAAAACAACUUUUUGUCGUAAACAAGUAGGUUUGAAAUCACAUCAAACCAAUACACAACACUGAGUUCUGGGGAAACUGAGAUGAACAGGACAUGGUUCUUGCUCAUAAUUCUUGAGCAAGACCCUGACGGAAAGCAGCAUUUGAAAGGAGUCAGUGAUGUGAGAGUAAGAGCGCUAGCAGUUACCAGUAUGACUGAUGAGGGGUGCCCCGUCCAUAAAGCUGAAGCUUUUUCUUUAACCUACGAGGACUUUUACAAUUCGUACUAGGCUUUUAGCUCUGAGAUGUGCCAGGCUGUUAGAAUUCCAUGGCUACCCUGGUCCCUCCUCUCUGUACUGCACAUAUUCUUACUUCUCCAUAACUUCGUAUUAUUGUUUCCUCAUCAGCAAAACUGUAAUUGAUAUUUCCCUCCAUGGGGAAAAAAAAUAAUAUUCAAAAUAAAUGAGAUAUUGGAUGUGUGCCUAGUAUGCAUUAGGCACUUGGAAGAUUUUGUCAGUCAUUUUAUGGUGAGACUGUAGGCAAAAUAAGCUUCUUAAUUCAUGCUCCUUAAACACUAGAAGCCUGAACAAUGUGUGUAUUUCUUGAAAAAUGUAACCCUGUACUUUGCCUCCAGAAUGCUUAAAUAACAGUUUCUGUGUAAGGUCUUUUUCUUAAAUAUGUAGUGGAUAUAAUUGUGGCCAUUAUGUGAUGCAGGUGAUUCCACCUGUUUUUAAAAAAGGUUGAAAUUGUACAUUUCGAUAGUAAGUUUCAAAAACAAAAAUUAUUUUAUCUUAGAGGAAGAUAAUUACACUUCAGAAUGGUGAUUCAGUUAAAACUUUCCCAGUUUGUCACCUUAAGGUAGCUCCUGUGCAGGCCCAUCGUUCCUUCUUCCUGCCUCCAAAUUAAGAGGACGGGCUGCCUCCGCGUCUGUGUUUGUCUCAGUCGGUGGUGCUUGUGAACUGCUGGCACCAGCUCUUACUGUUAGAUGCCACUUCAUCAUGGUAUGAGGAGAUAUUCUAUCGUGGGUUUUUUUAAAGUUUUCUUUUUAAAAAAUAAUUUUUAAAAGAAAUCUACUGGUUAGAUUGUCUCACAAAAAUAUUUUUAGAGAUUAUUUUGUUCAUAAAUGUUUCUUUCUCAUGCUGAUGAUCAACUGAUUUUUGUCUACAAAUGUUGGCUUAUUAUAGUAUUUUUUCAAUAUAGAUUCUAUUUACCAAAUGCCAUUUUAGUGUUUUUAAGAGGUACUGAGGAUUGAGAUAUGUAAAUCAGGUGACAUAACCAUGAAAAUUAUGUGCCUAAAUAUUUUUGUAAAGUUGUCAAAUAAAUACGUUUUCCUGAA